AUGUCGUCAAGGCAGAUAAGAAGAUUAAAAGAGAUGCUAAAUGAAGAGUUGGAGGAAGAAAUUAGACCAAGGGUAAUAUUUAAUAACAAGAGACCAAAAUUCACAUUCGCACAACUCGAAAGUCUUUGUGAUUCUAGCUCCGAUACAACUUCAAAUGAUGAUUCAUCAGAAAAUUCAGAUGAUUCAUCUGAGAAUUCAGACGAAUCUGAGUAUUCGAGUGAUUAUGAUCGCAUUCGAGAAUCUAGAAGCGUAAUUUAUUUGAAUGAAUUGAGCAAGGACGAUGAAAGUUCAAAAGAUCCAUCAGAAGAUAAUCAAUCAUCAGACGAUGAUUCAGACUGGGAUAAAUUAUUAAAUGAAGUUACUGAAGUGGAAAUGGAGCCUAUCGACAGUUCGGAAACAGUUUCAAAUCAUUUCUUAUGUUCACCUCAGCAUUUCUUCAGAAUCAGCGAUAUGGGUAAGAAUAAGUAUGCAAAAUCAAAUGGCUACUCCUCGAGAUUCUGGCUAUGUCCCACCCUUAACAUCAAGGAGUCAAAGCAGUUGAGACUUGCAGCGUCCAACCUUUUUGAAAUCACAUGUGAAACUAUAGAUAAUCGUGAUAAAUUCACACUCAUACUCUCUCCAACGUAUUACCCUAAGCUAUACUAUUAUAGCCAUACCACGAGAUUGUAUAGUAAUAUUGAAUUUUAUAGAUAUCAAGAACUGGAUUAUAUAAGUUCAACCGCGUUGGAUUCACAUGAUUUAGAACUUUUCCGCACACUAUUACAUUCAAACCCAUAUCAUUUAGGAAUUCUCAUACGCGCAUCUCUCAUUAACACUAUGAUGAAUUCUCAUGAGGAUACGUUUAAGAAUUUGUACACUGCUUCGAAGACACUACAGACGAUAUUGCCUCACCGGUUUAACCUUUAUCGCACAGCACCCUUCUCAAAUCUCACCGUGCCAAAUGUGUAUUUACCGUGUUUGGGAGAUAACGUGGUGGUAUACCGUAUACUAAUAUUGUAUAUGAUAUCGCUGGAGAGGAAGGGACAGUGGAAAACAGCACUGGCAAUAUGUAAGCUUCUGUUGGCAAUGGAUUUACCAAAUGACUCGUCCCACGCACUUUUGCACGUUGAUUUGUACCUUCUGAACAAAUUUUCUCAAGACUCAUCCCUUAUACUCUUCUCACAGAAUUACAGCCCUAUUAACCCUGAAUUGCCUCCGUUGUACUUGUUUCUGCCCAAUUUCUCACUAACACUGUCCUUGCAAGUGUACUUGAACAUGGGUCUUAAGAAUAACCAAUGCAACCUGGAAGAGAUUAAGAAUCAGUUACCAAGUGUUUUAGAUCUAGGUUGUGAUCUGGCAGCAUUAGCUAGGACUGAAAACCCUAAUACGCCAUAUCUGUUACUGAUAAGAUCACUACUCCAGUUCCCUUUAUUCGUAGUUAAUAUGAGCCAAAGGGUUGGAAAAUCUGGGGAAUUGAGGAAUUCUGCUAAGAAGGAGCCGUUCAGUUAUUGGAGCUCACCAAAGGCUAAGGACUAUGAAAACGUUUAUGAUCAGCUAACUCGCUGUUAUGUGUACAAGUGCGGAGACCUGUGGAGCUCCAACAACUCAACAUUUUUGGCAGAAACCGCCAAACUAGUAGUCAAAUUGUACGAGGAUGAAGAGGUAAGGGAUUUGAUUAACCGGUUCCAGUGCGAGUAUUUCGAGUUCAGAAAUGGAAUUAAAAUCCCAGAGGAGUACACAAACAUCUCAAUAACUGAGUUCGACCUAAACAACUACUCACUGCCAAUGCUACUCGACUUCCAAAGCUAA